GAGAGAGGUGUCGGGUUACCGCCGCGGGGGCUAUAGUUAGCCGCGGGACUUUGUGGACCGGCUGCACUCCCGGGACAGCGCGGCGCCCGCCGGGACUUAAGCCCCCCGCCGCCCGAGCCCUCAGUGCUCCUUCCCGCUGUCACCCCAGCAACUUCCAGGCCCGCCCUUGGCCCCGCCCACACCCGCUUGGGCCGCGUCCCGGACUGGGACCCUUCACACCCCAGGGGAAGGGACCCUGAUCUCUGUCCCCCAGCCCAUCGCCGCUGGUGCCCUCUUCAUCUGGACCUCGCCCUCCUGAGUCUCCCCCAGGAAUGAUGCUGGCGGCUCUGCUGAUGGCUCUUAGCUACCUCGGCUUCCAUGCCCUCUGGCAGGCCCAGGCUGUUCCCAUCCUGCCCCUGGGCCUGGCUCCAGACACUUUCGAUGAUGCUUAUGUGGGCUGCACAGAGGAGAUGGAAGAGAAAGCAGGCCCUCUGCUGAAGGAGGAGAUGGCCCGCCAUGCCCUGCUGCGAGAGUCCUGGGAGGCAGCCCGGGGGGCCUGGGAGCACAAGCGCCAAGGGCUCACCCUGCCCCCUGGCUUCAAAGCCCAGCAUGGAAUCGCCAUCAUGGUCUAUACCAACUCAUCUAACACUUUGUACUGGGAGCUGAACCAGGCUGUGCGGACAGGUGGCAGCUCCCGAGAGUCCUACAUGAGGCACUUCCCCUUCAAGGCUCUGCAUUUCUACCUCACCCGGGCCCUGCAGCUGCUGCAAGGCAGUGGAGGCUGCAGCCGGGGACCUGGGGAGGUGGUGUUCCGAGGUGUGGGCACUCUUCACUUUGAACCCAAGAGGCUUGGGGACUCUGUCCGCUUGGGCCAGUUUGCUUCCAGCUCCCUGGAUGAGGCAGUGGCCCGCAGAUUUGGCAACGCCACCUUCUUCUCUCUAAGGACUUGCUUUGGGGCCCCUAUCCAGGCCUUGUCUGUCUUUCCUGAGGAGCGCGAGGUGCUGAUCCCUCCACAUGAAGUCUUCUUGGUCACCAGGUUCUCCCAGGAUGGAGCCCGGAGCCUGGUGACCCUCUGGAGCUAUAAUCAGACCUGCAGUCACUUUAACUGCGCCUAUCUGGGUGGGGAGAAGAGGCGGAGCUGUGUGUCUGUACCGACAGGAGGGCACCCGGACUCCACCUCCAAAAAGGACUUCUCUCUGCUUUCCUGGAAGACCCUGCUCUUGGCCCCCGGGGGCUUCCAGCUCUCAGGAGCUGGGCCCUGAAAGCCCAGUGUCUGUCACUUAGGAGUCCUAGGAACUCGUGACCUUCAUAUGAAGAAGAAGGCCUAGAACGGCCUCGAAGCGGGAACGUGGUUUCGGACCCAGCCCUAGCAGCCAUUUCCCCAGGGAUGGGGACCUACCCAGUCAUCUCUCUAUUCAAUCAGGAUAUGGGGGGAUCUGAGGCCAUGGCAGGGUGGAGGGAGUCCUGCUAUGUGGUAGGGACUCCCUGGGACAAGCAAGGGUGGUACUAUGAUGGCCACUCAAUU